CAACUUUCCCGAGCCUGGGUCUCACCCAUUUUCCCAGUCUGCGCUUUGCAAUUGAAUUGAACUUGUCCCGCCCCAAGCCGCAAAUUACCGUGACCUCCAGAUCUCGAGGAAAAAAGAACAGCCUCCGGCCUCUGCUUCCUCUAAUUCUGCUCCACUGCGACUGUGGAGAAGCAGUCUCCCCGACGACUAGUCUUGCCUUUUCCCACGCGUCGGAUCACGAGAUGUCCACCAUGUCUACUCGAGCGGCCAACAGCCGGCCAAACUCCAGCAUCGGUUCCCACCGGGACGUGCAGGAGACGAAUAUAGCUGUCGUAGUCCGUGUCCGCCCAAGAAAUCAGAAGGAGAUUAGGGAGAACAGUCCAGUAGUCAUAACGACCAACGGCUCGCGAGGGAAAGAGCUGAUCGUAAAAUCAACACUGGGAGACUCGACGACGAAGACGUACAGCUUCGAUAGAGUCUUUGGGCCGGAAGCGGACCAGGAAAUGGUGUUCAACGACGUGCUGGCGCCGAUGUUGAAGGAGGUUUUGAUGGGAUAUAAUUGCACGAUCUUCGCUUACGGUCAGACUGGAACGGGGAAAACCUACACGAUGGAAGGCGACCUCACGACGGUCAAAGGGGAACAUGCCGGAAUAAUCCCACGCACGCUGCAUCAGCUGUUCACUACUCUGGAAGCGGGAGAUAAUGCUGAGUACUCUGUCCGCGUCUCGUUCACGGAGUUGUACAACGAAGAGCUCAAAGAUCUCCUCUCGCCGGACGAAGACUCCCGCAAACUCCGGAUAUUCGAUGAUUACGCCAAGAAAGGGUCUAUCGUCAUCCAAAAUCUGGAAGAGACGCCGGUGAAAUGCGCGGACGAUGUCAUUGCAGUGCUGCAGAAAGGAUCGAAUAGGAAGCAAAUCGCUGCGACGAAGAUGAACGAAGUUUCGAGUCGAUCGCACUCGAUUUUCUGCAUUACGGUCAACACGAAGGAGACGACGCCAGAAGGAGAGGAAUUAUUGAGGGUGGGGAAACUGAACUUGGUGGAUCUGGCUGGAUCCGAGAAUAUUGGGCGGUCCGGAGCGGAGAACAGAAGAGCCAAGGAAGCGGGCAUGAUCAACCAAAGUCUAUUGACGUUGGGCAGGGUGAUCAACGCCCUCUUGGAUCGAAAUCUGCACAUUCCGUAUCGGGAGAGUAAAUUGACGCGGAUUUUGCAGGAUUCCCUCGGUGGAACUACGAAAACGUGCAUCAUCGCUGCAGUCUCACCUGCCAGAUGCAACAUAGAGGAAACUCUCUCGACAGUGGAUUACGCGCACAGAGCAAAGAAUAUCAGAAAUAAACCGGAAGUUAAUCAGAAGAUGACCAAAAGAGCUUUGCUGAAAGACUACGAGGUGGAGAUCCAGCGUUUGCGGACGUUGAUCGAGGCAGCGCAUAAGAAAGACGGUGUUUUCAUGCCCAAGGAGAUGUAUGACAGUAUGAUGGCGGAUACGAGCGGGAGCAAGGAAGAAGCCGAGGCUCUUUCCAAAGCAAUCAAAGCCGCAGAGGAGAAAUACUUGCAGCUGAACACCCAGCACAACAAGAAUAUGGAACUGCUAUGUAAAACGAAGGAAGAGCGAGACGAUUUCAUGGCGGAAUCCGCGUCCAAAGCUCAACAGCUUGAGGAAACAUUCCAGCGCCUGAAAGACCUCGAGAAUAGCUUGAACGAGCAGAAGCUUCUGACUGGGGCACAUGCCGCGAGUGAAAGAAAGUUAGAUCGGCUCGCCGCCGGCCUAGUGGUGACGCUGAAGUCCAGCAUAUCUGAUGUGGAGGGUCUGCAUGAUAAGAUUGGACGGAAGACGGCGCGGGAAACGGAGAACCGGCGAAUUUUCGGAGAGUUCCAGUCCGGUCUUCUCGAUCAGAUGCAAACUAUCGACUCGCAGAUAGGGAACCUCACGUCUGCAUCGACCAAUUUCUGCCGAGAAAUGGAGGGGACGAUAUCUCGGGGGUCAGAGACCCUGCUGAAGGACCUGACCUGCGAAAUCGAAAAUAUCGGCGGGCAUCUGGUAGACGCCGCACAACGAAGCCAAAACUUCCUGACCCAGAGUAAUACGCACGAUCAAGACAUUGGGCAGCAACUAGAGCAUGUUUCUACCAUUGUGCGAGAACUUCGGGCCUCGCUUUCGGAAAGCCAGAAGCGGUACCAGGAGACGAAUACCAGCCUUUUUGGGAGUCAUAAGGAUCUGGUUCUGCAGCAUCAGAAACAGAUGCAAGAAUGGAGCCUUGCUCUGAAGGAAAGCGUGAGUAACGUCAACAAAUCCGUAAUGGCGUUCAUUGAAGACGAACGAUCGACAGCGGAAGCCGUUCACGUGGAGAAUGAUCGUCAGCUUAGGCGUGAGAUCGAGAAGCUGCGAGAACAAAAUCUGCUUCUUCAACAGCAACUGGCAACCAACAAGCAAAAGUCAGACGCAGGAGCUGAAGCGCUCUUGGCGGGCAUCGCAAGCUUAGUGGCAAACUAUCGCAGUCAAUGUGACGACGGCUUCACAGCGAUUGGGCAACUGUCGAGUGAUGUCACCGAAACCCACGCUGCCCAAUUGUCUUCACUGGUUGACCACAAUGCUGCUGCAUCUGCUGAAGCGAGAAGCUCCAGGGAACAGUUCUCCGCUCGGUUCACUCGAGAUACGGAUAAGUUGACGGAGGAGAUCCAGACAGAAGUGCAGGGCUUGGAAGUGACGGUGCAAGGCUUUGUCGAGCAGUGUGGUAUCAUUGAGAAUGCGGUGCAGGAAAGCAUAGGGAGCACAGGGACAGCCAUUACCACGGGUUUGGACCAGAUUGUGCAGGGCCACGCAACGGGCAAGCAAUUGCUCACACAACGGAGCGAGAAGACCAGGGAGAUGGUGAUGGAUCUGCAAUCGAGCACUUCAGACUCGUUCGAUGCGGUGCAGAAGGGGUUAUCCACCGUACGAAAGACGGCGAAGAAUGAGCAUCAGUCUUGGACGCAAAUGCUUACGAGACAAUCAGGCGUCAUCAACGACCAUCGCGGAAACCUUGGUUCGCACAUCAAGCGGGCGCGGGACGAAAUUGAAUGCAAUAAGCUAGUGGAGGACCAGCCAACGGGCCAAACACCGCAGAAGAAGGCAUUCCGCUACGCAACAUCAUGGCAAAUAACGCGUAACCACGACGAGAUCUUGCGAGAGUACCGCCAAAAUGGGCGCAUGGUCAGCCCGACCUUUACCGCCCGCUCCUUCGAAGACGCGUUGGUGGAUGCGCCUAUCGACGAGAACGAGGAAAACUUCCUUCCUUCCGCCGCCGAAGAUGACCGGGCGACCGACCCAUUCAGCGACGGGAAACGCGGCGACGGCCCUCCUAUCGGAGUCGGCACACCGCGGGGCGCGAGCAAGCUGCCAAUGAUGAUGAAAUUAAGGCAGAAUAGUAGGAAGGCUUCCGAGAGCCCCGUACCGUUCCGGGGGUUGGAAAGUGGGCAAUGACAUGACAUGGGAUGCUUUUGGUGGAGCGACGGCUUGCGAUACGUCAGACGUUCGGAAAGGGGACUUCCCUGUAUAAUUAGAGGACCAUCGUGUAAAAUGUGUUCGAGGGUAUCUAUU